CGGAGCGCGGCGGGGGCGGGAGCUGGCGCUGCCCGUGUACCCCAGUCCCUGGCAGAGGCGGGCAGCGAGCGGCAGGUGGGGACGGGAGCGGCUGGCCGGCCGGCCCCCCCGGGCGAGAGGCGCUUUCCCGCCUGCGGCCGCUCGCGGCGAUGCGUGCGGGGACUGAGCCUUUGCAGGAUUUGUUGCUUCCUUCUUGCACUAGUGGUGACCCUAAGGAAUUUGCUAUGGAUGGGGAAAGUGAAGUGGAUUUUUCUAAUAACAACAUAACGCCACGGUGGUGGAGGAGAUCAACCCCUCAGCUACACACCAAGAGCAAACCUAGACCCCAAUCUUACCAGAGCCCCAAUGGGGUCCUCUUUACAGAUUUCCCUGUGGAAGACAGGGCUACAUUCACUGUGACUCAGCCUGCUGAAACAAUAGUUACUUCUCCAGUCAACAGAUUAGUCCAAAGGAGCCCCUCCUCUUUUAAAUCCAGCAUGGGAUCUGUGCCAAAUGGAAAAAUAGGGUCUCCAGAGUAUAAAGCUGUAUCCCCCCAACUUUCUUCCGACCAGGCAUCUCAGGUCCUGAAAUUGGUUUCAGAUAACUUGAUAAGUUUUGGUGGUACAGUAACAUCAGCAGAUGACACACUGCUUCAUCCAGUGUUGAUUUCCAGUCAAUCAGCACUUAUCCCAGAACAUGAACAGACUGCUUUUAUGCCAACUCCUGGGUCCUUACCUGGAAAUAUGCCUUCACUGAAUAACAACAGAAUGGCUGUUUUGCAGUUACAAUCCAACCAGCUUUCUAAAAACCCAGAAAAGGCACUUGUGGGGCCCUCAUUGGUUUCCCAGACGGCUCCCUCACAGCAAAACUUAACUCUCCACAGACUGACAUCUAAUCAGAACCAGCUCCCAGAAAAACAGUCAAUAGUUCUGAGUACAAAUAGUCCUGCUGCGCUCAAAGUGGGGAAACAACAGAUCAUUCCUAGGAGUUUAGCUUCUGAGAUAAAAGUGACAAACAAAACCAGCAACCAAAAUGUGGAGACAAACAAAAGGGUCCUCAAGGUCCGUAGCAUGUUGGAGAUGCUUAAUAUGCCUUUGGUAGCUGAUGGUGAUGAAGAGACAGAAGGUGACCUGGAUAGCCCAGGGGCAUUGAGAAGAGGAUUGAGGUCUACUUCUUAUCGAAGAGCAGUAGUGAGUGGCAUUGACUCUGACAGUUCUACAAAUUUUAAGAAAAAAAAUAGAAUGUCCCAGCCAAUACUCAAAGCUGUUGUGGAGGACAAGGAGAAAUUUUCUAGUUUAGGAAGAAUAAAGAAGAAAGCACUGAAAGUACAAGGGACAUUUGAUGGGGAAGAAACUGCAGUUUUGUAUCAGAACUACAAAGAAAAAGCUCUGGACAUAGAUUCUGAUGAAGAUUCUGAGUCCAAAGAACAAAAAUCAGAGGAAAGGAUAGUUAUUCAAUAUAAGCCUCUGAGAUCAACAUGGAGUCAGCUAUCAGUGGUGAAAAAGAAUGGACUGUCUCAGACGAUCAGUCAGGAGGAAAGAAAGAGGCAAGAGGCUAUAUUUGAAGUAAUAUCAUCUGAACAUUCAUACUUGCUGAGCUUGGAGAUUCUGAUCCGGAUGUUUAAAAAUUCCAAAGAACUGAGUUUAACAAUGACCAAAACAGAAAACCACCAUCUUUUCUCCAAUAUUGCUGAUGUCUGUGAAGCGAGCAAAAAGUUCUUUAAAGAACUUGAAGCAAGGCAUCAGAACAACAUCUUCAUAGAGGAUAUUAGUGAUAUUGUUGAAAAGCAUACUGCAUCAACAUUUGAUCCAUACGUGAAAUAUUGUACUAAUGAAGUCUACCAACAGCGAACACUCCAGAAACUAUUAGCUACAAAUCCAGCCUUCAAGGAAGUGCUGUCACGGAUUGAGUCCCAUGAAGACUGCAGGAAUUUACCUAUGAUCUCUUUCCUCAUUCUUCCAAUGCAGAGGGUUACACGCCUUCCAUUGCUGAUGGAUACCAUCUGUCAGAAAACUCCUAAAGAGUCACCAAAAUAUGAGAUCUGCAAACGAGCCUUAAAAGAAGUGAGCAAGUUGGUCCGUUUAUGCAAUGAAGGGGCUCGAAAAAUGGAAAGGACAGAAAUGAUGUACACAAUUAACAACCAGCUGGAAUUUAGAAUCAAGCCAUUUCCACUGGUCUCCUCGUCCCGGUGGUUAGUGAAAAGGGGUGAAUUAACAGCAUACGUGGAAGACACUGGACUCUUCUCUAAAAGGACCAGUAAGCAGCAAGUAUACUUCUUCCUCUUCAAUGAUGUCCUCAUUAUCACAAAGAAGAAGAGUGAGGAGAGCUACAAUGUCACAGAUUAUUCCUUGAGGGACCAGCUGUUGGUUGAACAAUGUGACAGUGAGGAGCUGAAUUCCUCACCCGUAAAGAACAGUUCCACUAUGCUGUACUCUCGGCAGAGCUCUACAAGUCACCUCUUCAGAUUAACUGUCCUUAGCAACCACGCAGGAGAGAAGGUGGAGAUGCUACUGGGGACUGAGACUCAGAGUGAAAGAGCUCGCUGGAUUACUGCACUUGGACAGAACAGUGACAGACGGAAUGCAGACAGGACAACACUGACACAGGUAGAGAUUGUCAGAACUUACUCUGCAAAGCAGUCAGAUGAACUAUCCCUUCAGGUUGCUGAUGUGGUUCUGGUUUAUCAAAAAGUGAAUGAUGGUUGGUAUGAAGGUGAACGAUUGCGGGAUGGUGAGAGAGGCUGGUUUCCAAUGGAGUGUGCCAAGGAAAUCACAUGUCAAGCCACAAUUGACAAGAACAUGGAACGGAUGGGACGUUUGCUUGGACUUGAAACAAAUGUAUAGAGUCCCUAAAAUCUAUUUUUUCUUUGCUUCAGGAUUUGCACUAAGGGCCCUCAGUGGUGGCUUGAUUUUGUGCUUAUUGUCCCACUAUAGCUGUAGCGUGGGAGCUGUGAAUCAGAGAUUUGUAAAAUCAGUGAUGCGAGGAAAGGCGGGGGGGGGG